AUGAAGGAACUUUCCACAAUAUUCCAUCAAGAGUAUAUUAUUAUGGCGGAGUACCGUAAGCUGCGAACAGAAAACUUGAAAGGAAUUUAUGUAAUCCCAUCUUACAAAAACUCAUUCUUAUGGUAUGGAGUAAUUUUUGUAAGAUCAGGUUGUUAUGGUGGAGGAGUCUUCCGUUUUACACUUACAUUACCAGAUACCUUUCCUAAUGAGAAAGUUCCUGUAGUAACAUUUUCAUCACAGUUGUAUCAUCCUGCUGUGGAUUGUAACACUGGUGAUUUAAAUCUUAAUGAAGUGUUUCCUCAGUGGGAUAGAAAUCAAAAUCAUAUCUGGCAAAUAUUGAAGUACUUACAUUGGAUUUUCUAUAAUUUAAAUAUAAAAGCACCAGUAAAUGAUGAAGCAUCUAUUUUGUUUAAAACAAAUAAGAAAUCUUUUAUAGAAAAGGUUAAGGACUGUGUUUCUUUGAGCUUGGAACAUCUUUAUGAUACUCCAUCAACAGAUGAUAAGCAUUAUAUUUCUUUUAAACCCUAUGAUCCUACAAUUCAUGAUGCCGCUAAAAACAAAAUGUUAAAACCAAAGCAGAAUGACGAGAAUUCCCAUGGUGUAUCUUGGGUGCAAACAGAUUCUUAUCAAGCGUUUUCGAAAGAAACACCAUAA